ACAGCAAUUACAUUCCUUUACCAUCUGAUAUUAUACUUAAAAGUGAUUGUUCCCAGGGACUAAUUAGUUUCGUAUAUCCUAAGCUGCAAAUACAAUUUCAAGACACAGCAUACCUGACCGAACGAGUAAUACUUGCUCUGAGAAAUAAGGAAGUCAAUGCUUUGAAUGCAGAG